GCUAGUCGGUCCUUCCUGGGUUUCCGCCGCACGCGGGGUUUCGAGUUUCAGCUCCUCCUCGAAUUCCAGCGCGCGGAGGAGCCUUCGCCGGGAGCCCUGCAAGAUGGAGCCUCUGGCCGUGCACCCCGGGCGGUGCUCGGGGCCCAGGGCGCGGGUGUUCGCCGUGCUGCUGUCCAUGGCGCUGUGCACCACGACGCUCUUUCUCCUGCAGCUGAAGUUCCUGAAGCCGCGGGCCAACAGCUUCUACGCCUUUGAAGUGAAAGACGCGAAGGGAAGACCCGUGUCUCUGGAAAAGUUUAAAGGCAAAGUCACACUGGUGGCCAACGUGGCCAGCGAGUGCCAGCUCACAGACCGAAACUACGGGGCGCUGCAGGAGCUGCACCGCGAGUUCGGGCCCUUCCACUUCAGCGUGCUGGCCUUCCCCUGCAACCAGUUCGGGGAGGCGGAGCCCCGGCCCAGCCAGGACGUGGCGGCCUUCGUGAGGAGUAACUACGGGGUCACCUUCCCCAUCUUCCACAAGAUUAAGAUUCUGGGACCCGAGGCAGAGCCUGCCUUCAGGUUCCUCGUUGAUUCCUCCAAGAAGGAGCCGAGGUGGAACUUCUGGAAAUACCUGGUCAACCCCGAGGGCCAAGUCGUGAGGUCCUGGAGGCCCGAGGAGCCCGUCGAGGCCAUCAGGCCUGAGAUAGCAGAUCUGAUUCGACAGAUGAUCAUUAAGAAAAGGGAGGAUCUCUGAAGACGCCGGGGCCUCGCUCCAGUGUGGCGGCCAGCACACGGGGCCGUCUCCCCGAGGGUCCGCUCUCAUUCUAGGUGCUCCGACGACCACGCAUGGCACUGACAGAUGGUUUUCUGUCACCCUGCCAGUGAGUGGCAAUGAACGUCUCCACCACAGGGACGCUGCCCAAAGCCCAAGGAAUCAAAACAAAACGCACUCCAGACUCCAUUUGACCACACCAAACAAUUCAGAAUACACAGUCGCCACUCAGCUCCAAGCGCCGGUUGUUCAACUUGACCUUUCCUAGGAGCGUCCUGGACGGACACGCCAGCACGCUAGACCACUGAGGCCACGACCCUGGGUGCGGCUGACGCGUCUGCAGCAGCCGACUGUAAAGGACUAUUUUUAUGUAAUAAAACACAAAAUAAACAUUGUGAAAUGUA